UUUUUAUUUUUGUGUCGUUGUCGCUUAACAGGUACAUCACAGGAUGUUUAUGCUUUCAGAAUAUAUUACGAUCUGUCGUGAGAGUAAAUAAGAAAAGUGCAGUGAUUAGUGAAUACUUAAACUUGACAGAUGAGCGGGUGUGAGAAAGGACCGCUCUAAUAGACAAUCAAAAAGUUGAAUGAAAUUUCAGAAAAUGUUGAAUUAUCGAUGUUGAUUCCCAUUAAGAUCUAUGGAAUAAAAAAAAAUACAAAUGUACAAACCAAACUCAAUACAAUUCUGCAGGAAGAAGAAUUGAGAAUUGGAUUACGCAGAAGGAUAUAGAGGAAAAUAAACCAGGAUGAGGUUACACACGAGGAAAAUCAUCAAGAGUUUUGUUUACCUUCUCGCGGGACUGUUCGCCUUCAAACUUGUCAUCGAACGGUCCGACUACGAGAACCAGAGGAGGCGGGCGAGCGCUCGUCACGAGACCCAGGAAGUUCAACAUGACCUUCUCGAUCAAGGUCAGCAGCUCCUCCAAGCACACGACAAGGAAUACGAAGAAGAAAUCGUCGAAGAAGGGGAGAACGAGGGAAUACGCGAUAUAGAGGAAUUAGCGGAGAGCUACGAAUAUGAUAAAGAAGAAGAAGAUGGUGAUGAUAGCCCCGUGGAUCUCGAGGACGUGAUAGAGCCUGUAGAAGGAGGUGCGGAGGCGCCCUCAGACAAGAACACGCAGGAGGACUUAGACUUUUUUGCGGAGAGGGAAAAGGUGUACAAGGAGCGCAGGGAACGAGUGCAGCAAGUGUGCCAAGACCUCCAGGGCAGCGGGUCGUACGGUUCCAUUGACCACUGCCCCCUCAAGCGGCUGCGGUGGCUCGUGUCGCACAGCCUGCUCAUGUGCUUCAAUGCCAAGGUAGGGACGUCAACGUGGACCCAGUACUUAAUGGAAGCAGGUUUCCCGGGGGUUCUGAAAAACUCCACGCACUGGCACUACACAGCUGAGCGCUACCUGAAACCCCCCUAUAAAAGAUACAGCUCGGCGGCAAAGGAGAUGUUAAAGGACUUCGGGAAAGUGGUGAUCGUCCGAGAUCCUUUCGCCCGGAUCGUCUCAGCCUACCUGGACAAGAUCGCCACUCGCUCCUUCGCCAAACUGAGCCGCUACAUCAUCAGGAACUACCGCACGACCCCGUCGGCCAACGCCACCAGAGCCCCGAGCUUCGAGGAGUUCGUCAGGUUCCUGGUGGAGCAAACGUCCUCCUCCGACGGCGUCUGGAAGAAACUGGAGACUCGAACCGACCGCCACUGGUUCCCUUACUACGCUAACUGCUUCCCCUGCGACCUCGACUAUGACGUCAUCGCUACUAUGGAGACCAUUCAUGAGGAUACGCGAUACAUCAUGCAGAAGUACAAACUGGGGCUCUCAGACACGAUUUGGGGCAACCACAGAGCCUCCACGUCUUCUGAGGAGAAAGCUCUUACUCUCUUCAAGGCUCUUCCGCGCAGCCUGACCUUGGCGCUCUACCAACGAAACCGCGUAGAUUUCCACAUGUUUGGCUAUUCUGUUGAUAAAUAUUUAUUCCCUUCCUCUGACGUAUAAUCAUAGUCAUUAUUUUAAGUAGAAUCUGCUCUGACGUACGAUCAUAGUCAUUAUUUUAUUUUAAGUAGAAUCUGUGCACCACAUACCUAAAAUUAAGGGUUGGCGGUAUCUAGUAACGUCACAGUGUUUUGGCGGGAUUUGUAAAUAUGGCAUAUGGGUGAAUAUAAAAUAUUAUAUGUAUAUAGCGCAUGUGGACGAGACUCUUGUGUGAAAUAUAUUGGUGAAGA